CCGAAGUUAGAAAUGUGUCAAAGGUAGAGAAUUGCAAUAACAGUAAUCCGAAGAGGACUUUAGCCUGAGCUUUGCUGCUGAGUAAAAUGGCGAACCUGGAGGCAGACACCAGUGCAGUGAGAGGAAAACACAAGUUUGAUGAGCAGAGACUGGAAGGUUACCUGAGCACCCACCUGCCAGUCUUCAGCUCCAGUCCAGCUGCACCGUUCAUUGUCAGGCAGUACAGAUCAGGCCAGUCCAACCCCACAUUUUUCCUACAGAAGGGUCCAAAUAAGUUUGUUCUUCGAAAGAAACCUCACGGCCCACUUCUGCCAGGAGCUCAUCGGAUUGAGCGGGAAUAUGAAGUACAGAAAGUGUUAUUUGCAACUGGAUUCCCAGUACCACAGGCUUUAUUCUACUGCAAUGAUGUGAUGGUGAUUGGAACGGAAUUCUAUGUGAUGGCGCAUGUGGAGGGUCGUAUUUUCCGAGAUGUCACUCUCGCAGAUGUCCUCCCCGCAGAGAGAUCUGCGCUGUAUAUUGCACUCGCUGAAACACUCUCCAGGCUCCAUUCAUUCAACAUACACAAGCUAAAUCUUACAGGGUAUGGCAAAGGAAAAGGAUACUGCCAGAGACAGGUAACCACCUGGAAGAAGCAGUAUGACCGAGCUGCACACACUGAUAUUCCAGCUAUGAACCAGUUGGCUGACUGGCUUAUUAAUAAUUUGCCAAGCGAUGACAAUGAAGAGUGCCUUAUCCACGGUGAUUUCAGGAUUGACAAUAUCAUAUUCCAUCCCACUGAGGCUCGAGUGAUUGCCGUCCUGGAUUGGGAGCUGUCUACUGUUGGACAUCCUAUGUCAGACUUGGCUUACUUUGUUGGACCAUGUUUUUGGCCUCGAGAAGUACGCUUAUUUGGUCAUGUUAGUGACAAAUCCUUUACUGAUAUUGAAGGAAUGCCAGCCUGUGAGGAUUUGAUGAGCAUUUAUAGCCGGUGUCGUGGUGUGGAUUCACCAGUGCAGGACUGGAAUUUUUUUCUUGCCCUUACGUUCUUUAAGCUUGCUGGAAUAUUACAGGGUAUUCAUGCACGCUUCCUUCUUGGGAAUUCCAGUGGGGAGGAUGCCAGCAUAUUUGCUGAUAUGGUUAGACCCCUGGCUGAAAAUGGACUCAAAUUAGCCAAGCGAGAGAACACGAUGGUGGAGCUAUCCGGAUCUCCUGGUGAACUGUUCUUGCUAAGCACCAAAGGGCAGAGGGUUCUACAGCAAGUGAAACAGUUUAUGAAACAACACAUUUUUCCAGCACAAGAGGAGUUUGUGGCGUAUUAUAUUAAAAAUGAAAACUCUCCUCUGAGAUGGAAGAAGCCAGAUGUCUUAGAAAAGCUCAAGGAAUUGGCUAAAGCUGAAGGCUUGUGGAACCUGUUUCUUCCAUCUAUUAGUGGUCUAAGCCAGACUGACUAUGCCUUUAUUGCCGAGGAAACCGGAAAAUGCUUCUUUGCCCCGGAAGUUUUUAACUGUCAAGCACCAGAUACAGGCAACAUGGAGGUGAUUCACCUGUACGGUACUGAGGAGCAGAAGAAACAGUGGCUGGAACCGCUUCUUGCUGGAGAAAUCCAGUCUUGUUUCUGCAUGACAGAGCCUGAUGUAGCUUCCAGUGAUGCCACCAACAUGGAGUGCAGUAUCCAGAGAGAUGGAGAUAGCUACAUAGUUAAUGGGAAAAAGUGGUGGAGCAGUGGUGCUGGAAAUCCCAAUUGUAAAGUGGCAAUUGUAAUGGGCAAAACAACAAAUGCUUCUUCUUCCAGAUACAAACAACAUAGUAUGAUCAUUGUACCCAUGGACACCAAAGGUGUUGAUCAUGUGAGAGCUCUGAAAGUGUUUGGAUAUGAAGAUACUCAUCAUGGAGGACAUUUAGAAGUACACUUUAAUAAUGUGCGGGUCCCGGCCUCUAACCUAAUCCUAGGUGAGGGCAGGGGAUUUGAGAUUGCCCAGGGACGUCUUGGACCUGGUCGCAUUCAUCACUGCAUGAGGUGCAUUGGAGCUGCAGAGAUCGCCCUUCAACUGAUGUGUGCCAGGGCUGCCCAGAGACAGACCUUUGGGAAAAAGCUGUAUCAUCAUGAAGUGGUCGCACACUGGAUAGCCGAAAGCCGCAUUGCUAUUGAGCAAGCUAGAUUGCUGACACUGAGAGCAGCCAAAACCAUAGACACAGUCGGCAGUGCCCGGGCUCGGAAAGAGGUACAAAACCUACAAAUUGUUUCAUUCAGCUUCAGAUGGGUUUCCCAGGAUUUCCCUCUGGCUUUCAUGUAUGCAGCUGCUCGAACCCUCCGUAUCGCUGACGGUCCCGAUGAAGUUCACCUCUCAGCCGUAGCGAAAAUGGAACUUGUGGAACAAGCAAAGCUGUUUUCCAGAAUGUAG